CGAUUCAUGUUGAAACAAGUAGAAAACUAGCGCAGUGCUAUCAUAGCUAUGGAAGUUUAUUCAUAUUCAACCUCGUUAAUCCAUUCAUUCCCUUCUCAUUCUUCAUUCUCUCGAUUCCAUUCCCAAAAUCGCAAACUCAACAACACGCUAAACCUAAUCCCAAUGUCUUCUUCAUCACUUCCUACAAAAUCACCGUUCAAUUUCCCUUCCAAUUCCAAAUUCAACCGCACGCGUCGAACACCUCUAAGCAAAUGGAGAUUCCGCGCUUCGUCUUCGUUGGAUUGGACCAAUGCGUCCAAUCGAACCGUUUUGUUAACCUCCGGUAUUACUGUUAGUUUAGCAGUUGCGAAUCGCGUGCUUUAUAAGCUUGCGCUUGUUCCGUUGAGGAGUUAUCCGUUUUUUCUUGCUCAGUUCACUACUUUUGGGUAUGUUGUUAUAUAUUUUAGCAUAUUGUAUGUGCGAUACCGGUUAGGGAUUGUUACGAAGGAGAUGCUUGCGAUUCCGAAAUGGAGAUUUUUUGUUAUUGGAUUUUUAGAAGCUUUGGGAUUGGUUGCUGGAAUGUCUUCUGCAGCAAUACUUCCUGGACCAGUCAUACCCAUAUUGAAUCAGUCUUAUUUAGUUUGGCAGUUAACGUUUUCCACUCUUAUCCUGAGGAGAAGGUACUCAAUCAGCCAAAUUGUUGGGUGUUUACUAGUAGCUGCUGGUGUCGUGGUUGCUGUUUCAAGUGGCUCUAAUGCAGGUCAGAUGCUCUCUAAUGUUGAUUUCUUUUGGCCAGCCUUGAUGAUAGUUUCUUGUGCCUUUCAAGCUGGGGCUUCGAUAAUCAAGGAAUUUGUUUUUCUUGAUUCUUCCACUCGAUUAAAGCAGAAGUCGUUGGAUAUAUUUGUGGUCAAUUCUUUUGGAUCUGGGUUCCAGGCUCUUUUUGUACUUCUCUUUCUACCUUUAAUCUCUAACUUGAAAGGAAUACCAUUUGCUCAACUGCCUUCAUAUCUUAAAAGUGGUGCUGCUUGCUUUCUAAACAUUGGAGCUGAUAAGACAGGUUGUGAUGGUGCUCCCUUGCUUCCACUGCUUUACGUAGUUACCAAUCUGGCAUUCAAUAUAUCCUUGCUUAGCGUACUGAAGCGUUCUUCUGCAGUUGUUGCUUCUCUCGUGUUAAUGUUGUCAGUACCAAUUUCUGUUUAUACUCUUUCCCUUCCAUUACCAUAUCUUCCCGAGGGAGGAACAGCUUUGAGUCCAUUUUUUCUGCUUGGCUGUGCAAUUCUUGUAUGCGGGCUUUAUAUGUACAACACAACCCGACCUGCAAGGAAUAGUUCAGAAGUUGACUGAAACAGAUCUAUUUGUGUAACCAAUGCUGAGGAUAAAAUACAAGUUUUGCAGCUAGCACUGUAGCCACGGUGAAAUGUAUUUUCUCCCACUGCAACCAAAUUAUAUAUACUCUGUAUUAUUAUUAUCAUUUAUUUUUUAUUUUGAGGGGGAAUCAAUUUAGUUUCCAUGUUUUAAAGGGUUUCUCACUUUCUUGCUUUUUUUGUACAUGUGUUAUUACUCGUUGUGGAAGCAUAUUCUCCCAGAUUACUAAUAAUAUAUAGAGACAGUCAAACGUUAUUGGCUGAAA